AUAUAUAAAGCUCCUCCUCGAUCAGAGAGGCACACUUUCAGCGAGAUCUUCCACGAGAACGUGUCGCCCCAGCAGCAACAAACGAAAUCCAUUAAGAUGGCCAAGAAAUGCGCAUUCGUCCUCUUCGUCCUGUCGUUGAUCAUAAGCGCCGUUCUAUGCCAAACCUUCCAGUACAGCCGCGGCUGGACCAACGGCAAGAGGUCCGAGUUCCCGCGUUCAUUGGGCGCCGCCAAUCCGGGGGACGAGCGUCUCCCCAUCGGCGAGCUCAAGAGACUCAAGAUGCUGGUAUACGGGAAUGUCGAUGAACAGCCGUUGCUGAUCCAUUGCGAUUACGUGGACAAACUGAGGAAGCUCGUUCACGCGGAUAAUUAUGCCUCUCAGCUGCGGCAGGAGAAGGGACAGAACGAUGACAAUUACUGAAGCGGCCACUCGGCGCGAUGGUUGUCACAUAAUAAUCACGAUUGCUUCAAAGAAGUAUUCAACGCAUAAUUUCAGAGGUGCUUUUGUAGCUUUAAUCGAACCGGAAUAAAUUAUUGACGCACACAAA